GGCACAGGGACGGGGCCGCGGUGGGCGGCGGUGCACGGGGCUGUGCCCCCUCCGCGGUGCGUGAACGCGGAAAAUAAAGAGAAUUUCCCCCGCGUGGCUGCGGCGGCGGCGUUCGGAAACGCGCACGGUGGUACCGGGCCCGGACCGCAACCCCUCCCCGGGUUCCGCUCCUCCGCGCCCUCGCCGCGAGUACGGCCGCGCUCCUCCCCCCGCUCCGGGCACAGCGCCGUGUCCCAGCGCUGCCCGCCCCCGGGCGGGGCGGGGAGGAUGGGACCGUUGCGAGGAAGGAACCGAAAGCGAAAGGAACUGCAGCCAUCUUGCGGGGGUACCCCGGGCCCGGCACCGCCUCCGGCGCUUUGCUUUGGCCGCCCCGACGCCGAUUGAGCCCCGCGUGGGGCUCCCGGCCGGCGCGCAGCAGGUGUCCGCUGAGAACCGGAGAGCUCAGAGUGAAUUGCUCGCUGCUCCUGGUGCGCAGGUGGCCCGACACAAACGUGUGCUCACGCAGUGCGCUAUGAGCAGAGGCACUGCUCGAGGCAGAGGCUCAUAUCUCACCCGGGCAAGGCACAACUGCUCCAACGCUAACCCAAGUUUCUUUAACUGCCCCCGUCCCUCACAGAAAACGAACUGGGAAACCUCUUUGCACCUGGCAGAGCAGGAUGGUGAUGUCUGCUUAAUUCAGAGGCCGCAGUCGUACAGCAAGCUGUGUGCUGGAGGAUGGCAGGCUGCAGCUCCUGCAGGGAGAGGGCAAGGCGGCCGCGGCAAAGCAGGAUGGCAUAGGUUCUCCGGCAAGCAGCAGCAGGUGGAAACGUCGUCGCAUCGUCCCCCUCCUCGUUAUCACUCUCAGGAGGACUUGCAAAGAGAUUGGUACGCCAUCAGGCUGAAUUUACAGAGACUGUCUCUUGCUGGACAGAACUUGGAACAAGAGAUUCUGAGUGUUUUGGGGCGGCUCAGGGAGGGAGAGACUUGCACGGUUCACGACCUUGUGCGCAAGCUUAAAACUCAGAGGAAGGAAAUCAAUCGCGUUUUGUACAAACUCCACAGAGAAGGCAAAUUGCACAGAACUGAAGGGACGCCGCCGCUGUGGAGGAUCGCCAGCCCGAACGCAGAGAGGGAAAGGAAGCCUCCUGAGCACGGGGCGGGUAACGCAGACCCACAUCCCGAGAGCAGAGAGGAGGAGAGGAACGCAGCUGGUGCAAGAGACACCAACCCCACCAUGGCCGAGACCAAGGAGAAAAUCUGCAACUUCUUGUUCAGCGUGGCGGACACGACGGCCAUCAACCUUGCCAGAAAUAUCGGGUUUUCCAGGGCCAAGGACGUGAAUUCCUUUCUCAGUGCUCUGGAGAAGCUGGGAGAUGUCUGCAAGCGGAACUCGACCCCUCCACGAUGGUCGCUAACGAGCAGGAAGCGCGAGCGGAUGGAGAUGAGGCUGAAGGCCACGGCAGCACCGGCGCCAGCAGAUCCUGCACCUGAGCCGGCCGUGCUGCCUGCUCCUGUACCUCCAGCUCCUCAGGAGGUGGCUGCAGCUUCACCAGCAGCGACAGCGGUGGAGCAAAGUGUGGGAAACGGGCAGCAGCCGUCGGAGCGAAGCGCUCGGAGCGAUGCCGCUGGCAAGGAAGCAGCCGUGCCCGAGGACUCCAAGCCCUUGUUUUCUGGCUUCAGUAACUACGACAGCUCUGAAAACGGCAGGUGGGCUUCGGAUGAUAUCCCGGAUUAUCUGAACACUAUCACCAAGCAGCAGGAUGAGUCGGAAUCCAUCAUGCACUCCCAGUCUUCCCCCGGCUACGCCGCCCAGUUUAACGCUGUCUUCCCGUGCACGCCCGUGGAGAAGCUGCUGGCUUGCCAGGAGAAGAACCCGGUGAGCGGCCUCACCGAGUACUCCCAGUUCACCUACCAGCACUGUGAGUUCACCAUGCUGGCGCAGAGCGGGCCCUCUCACGAGCCACGGUUUAAGUUCCAGGCAGUGAUUAACGGGCGCCCGUUCCCACCGGCAGAGGCAGGAAGCAAAAAACUCGCUAAGCAGGAGGCAGCAGCGAACGCCAUGAAGAUCCUGAUGCAGGAAGCAGAGAACGGACGUCCCGACGGAAUUAACAGCGAAACGCCAUUUGCGUCUGACAGCUCUGAACAGGAGCAGCCUUCGUAUUCGGAGCCGGAGUCGUCGUCGUCGUCGUCUGCGCCGGCUCAGCUGAACCUGCUUCCUGGGAAGCACCCCAUCAGCGUGCUCAUAGAGUACGGGCAGAAGUCGGGCAGCACGGUUGAAUUCCUGCUGCUGUCUCAGGAUGGCCCAUCCCACGAUCCCAGGUUCAGCUACUGUGUGAAAAUGGGUGACCAAAUUUUCCCUGCUGUGGUAGGAAACAGCAAGAAGGGAGCGAAGCAAAUGGCAGCAGAGGUUGCUGUGAAGAUUCUUUCUGGAGAGUCAGCGCCACGUGCCCCACCUGAGCAGCCCGUUGUGAAGCCCCAGGGUGAACGCAGCUGUGGUCUGCAGGUCGUCGUUCCCGACGAAGCCAAGGCAGCCAAAGCAAAAGCUGUCGGGGAGCUCAUCAAAUACCUCAAUGCCAACCCGGUCAGCGGCCUGCUGGAAUACGCCCGCUCCAAUGGCUUUGCUGCAGAGUUCAAACUCAUUGACCAGACGGGACCUCCCCACGACCCAAAGUUUAUCUAUCAGGCCAAGGUUGGAGGCCGCUGGUUCCCAGCUGUGACUGCACACAGUAAGAAGCAGGGCAAGCAGGAGGCGGCUGACGCGGCGCUCCGCGUCCUGAUCGGGGAAACGGAGAAGGCAGAGCGCAUGGGAGGGAUGAGCAUCGCAGAGCUCCCCGUGAGGGGCAGCACCCUCCACGACCAGCUGGCCAUGCUGAGCCACCAGCGCUUCAACGCCCUCACCGCUCGCAUCCAGCACAGCCUGCUCGGGAGGAAGAUCCUGGCUGCCAUCAUCAUGCGGAAGGGAAGCCAGGACCUGGGGGUGGUGGUCAGCAUCGGGACAGGUAACCGCUGUGUGAAAGGGGAAGAGCUGAGCUUGAAGGGGGAGACGGUGAAUGACUGUCAUGCAGAAAUCAUUUCUCGCAGAGGCUUUGUGAGGUUUCUCUAUAGCGAGCUGAUGAAGUAUGACCCUUCGAAACCUGCUGCAAAAGAGAGCAUCUUUGAGCCAGCGGGAGGGAGGAGACUCAAAAUCAAGAGGAACAUCACCUUCCACCUCUACAUCAGCACAGCGCCUUGCGGGGACGGAGCGCUCUUCGAUAAGUCCUGCAGCGACCAGGCGAGCGUGGUGGGGCAGGCAGAGCACCAGCCCCUCUUCGAGAACCCCAAGCAAGGCAAGCUGAGGACCAAGGUGGAGAACGGGGAAGGCACCAUUCCCGUGGAGUCGAGCGACAUUGUGCCAACGUGGGAUGGGAUCCAGCACGGGGAGAGGUUGCGCACCAUGUCCUGCAGCGACAAAAUCUUACGCUGGAACGUCCUGGGCUUGCAAGGAGCUCUGCUGUCCCACUUCAUCGAGCCGGUGUAUCUCAGCUCCGUUACCCUUGGUUACCUGUACAGCCAGGGCCACCUGACGCGAGCCAUCUGCUGCCGCCUGCUGAGAGAUGGGGAUGCGCUGCAGAAGAGGCUCCAGGCUCCGUAUCGCAUCAACCACCCGGAGGUUGGACGAGUCAGCGUGUACGACUCUGCAAGGCAGACGGGCAAGACGAAGGAGUCUUCGGUGAACUGGUGUCUUGCUGAUGGAAGCGAAGUGGAAGUCUUGGAUGGCACAAAAGGGAAAGUAGAUGGACCCAAGCUGGAGGUUUCUCGCGUGUCCAAGAGGAAAACGUUUGCCCUGUUCCGGCGGUUCUGCGCCAAGUCCGACUGCAAAGAGCUGCAGAAGCUCUCGGUGUACUCGGAAGCGAAGGAGGCGGCCGCGCCGUACCAGGAAGCCAAGCAGCGCUUCUUCAGCGCCCUGGAGGAGAUGGGCUACGGCAGCUGGAUCUGCAAACCGCAGGAGGAAGACAACUUCUCCAUCCCCGAUGCAUAACGAGAUGCCCCGGGUGUGCGUGUGCGUGGGUGUGCGGGGUGUAUGCGUCCAUCUUUCACCCCUUUCUUUUUGAGGUGGAGCCCGUAGUUGUGGCAUUUUCCCCUGUAGGCCUGGCUGCCUUCUCCCUCUGCUCCCGUUCCUCCCAGGCCCUGCCCUUUCUCUUUUAAAACAUGCAUGGAAAUCGUCGUCUCUUUUUAAUGUUAAGCUAGGGCAGCCUGAGUUCCUUUGCUUUCAUGUUCUCAUCUCCUCUGUUCAUUUUUUUUUUUUUUAAAAAAAAAAAAAAGAAGGCACAAGAAACCAGGGGGACCGCAGCCCUGAAACGUUGGGACCGUGCGCUGCAGCUCCCUCGGGCAGCUUUGGGGGCAGGUUCUCUCUUUGGAGAAAGCUGCCGGGCUGUUUGAUGUCUCGUGUUCUCCCUGCUGGAUGGUGGCCGGCAGCCUGGCUGGGCUGGGAACACAGACUGAGCUCUGCAGAGCAGCCAGCGGGGCCAGCGUCGCAUUCCGUGUUAAUAAAUUUUCUGUAUUGUUA